GUCUCGGCGCACAGAUGAACCAGGCAGGAGUCCAGGUAAAGUGGAACAGGAAACUUUAUUUUACUGAGGAAAAAGUCCAACAUAUAACUCAAGUUGAAGGCAACAAGACACUAGCAACAUGGAGAAUCUACCACAGGUAACAAUGACAUCAAUCAACAAAGGCAACAAUCUGGCAGGGGACAAGAGAAGAAAUGGGAGAAUAUAUAAGGGGGAAACCACAGGUGUAGAGCAUGAGCAAUCAGGGAGGCAGAGGAGUGGCUGAGGACAGGUGAAGGCAAUGAGCAAUCAAGAGACACACAGAACAGGGCGUUACAGUCGAGGUGUGGAAAUCCCGAUGGAUUAUGAUAGUCUAAUCGUGAAAUAAAUAUGAAAUCCGCCAAGUCUUCAGAGAGCAAAUAGCUGUCAGUCGCAAUAUUAAUGCUCUGAACCUGCGUAUUAAUAUUCCACAACGAGUCUUUGACCGCAUGUUGGCUCUCAUGGACGCUCUCACAGAAAAGUCAAAGGGGACCGAGCGACGUGAACCAAGUCACUAAUAUCUCAGAGGGUGAAAGAAGACCUCAUAUGUGGUCCCGCCAAUUGAAUUUCCCUCCAAGAAAUACUUCUCACAAGUUACCUGCAGCUGAUCGAGUUGGGGAGUCAUCAAGACGUGGUGUGUGUGUGUGUGUGUGUGUGUGUAUUUGUGUGAGUGUGUGUGCAUGUGUGUGUGACUGCAUGCUUAUGUGUUAUGAGGAAUAAAGAGGGGCUGGGGGGCGUGUGUUGGGUUCUGGCUGCAGCCCCCACAUGUGGAGUCUGCAGCAACAGCUGGAUGAGCAGUCCGCACGUCUGCAGCGCGCAGUGAAAUGCUCACGAUGCCUUCACUGUCGGGGGUCGGGUGGACUGUUCUCUGCCUCCUGCUCUGGAAGAGGACGGCAGCUCUCGGUGAGGAGGUGCAAUGCUCCGUGGCCCCCGUGGGGCCGCUGCACCCUGGCCGGGAGACGCAGCACCCUGUCCUUGGGACGCAGCACCCUGUCUUUGGGACACAGCACCCUGUCUUUGGGACACAGCACCCUGUCUUUGGGACACAGCACCCUGUCCGAGGGCAGCAGCACCCUGUCCGGGGUCCGCUGGAGAGGUUCAAGGACACCCACGGCCCCGGACACGAGUCCUCCAACAGCGUGGCGCCCCCCUACCCACCUGAGCCCGAUCUGACCCUGUCCAGCAUGCUUAACUCUGACCCGUCCACCAUGCCUGACCUUCUCGCGCGGGCCCGACGGAGCGGUUACAGCGAGCCGACCUCGUCCACCGAGGCCGAGCUGGCCAAUGGCGUCGUGGUCCAGCUGGCCGGGGCGGGCGCAGACGCCGCCGUGACGCCCCGGGCGGCCGAGGAGCGUCGGCCGAGGCGGUGGCCGAACGCCGGAGACGGAGCACGAGGAGGAGGCCGGGAAAGUUUCACGGUGCAGUGUGAGGACGGACGCCUCAGCGUGAGCGCCGACCGCCGCGUCCUGCAGAGCUCGUCCGUCCCAGUGACCGCCGUGACUCUGAGAGACUCGGCCUGCCAGGCUCAGGCCGACGGGAGUCACUUCCUGUUGGUGUUUCCAGUCGUUUCCUGUGGGACUGAGGGUCUUCUCCUGGGACCGCCGAGAGCGCUGCAGGACAAAAACACGUUCAGCGGCUCGGCCGCGGCGCCCACCACUGCCGACGUCGGCGUGGACGCCCCUCCUGCAGGGCCGGUCUCCCGGGCACCCGAGGGUCCGGGGCCCGAUCCGGGACCGAGACGCUUUCCGACACCCGGACGAACGUCUGCGGCCGUGCUCCUCCUUCUGAAGCUCUUCGCCGCCGAGAGCUACGAGCAGCGGCGGAUCGGACCCUGUGUCGUCACGGCGGACCACCGUGUCUACGCUGAGAUUUCAGCCAAAGGGCCCUUCAUCGACGUGGUGGAGGUGAAGUCCUGCGUGGUCUCUCCUCUGUCAGACCCCAAACAGUCUCAUUUCUGGACCGUCGUCAGCGAGGGCUGCUCCUCGGACCCCUCGCUCGCCCUCAGGGCAAAGACAAAAGAGGAAGAGGAGGAAGGUGCUCGCGGGGAUGACAAAGUGGAAGAGGAAACGGGGAAAAAGGAGGAGAUAGAUGGACUGGACAGAAGAGGGAGAGAAGCACCAGAGAGGCCAGAAAAUAGGAGCGCCAACAUGGGAGCCGAGGAGGGGAUCCGGCCCUUGAGGUUUAGUUUCAUCCUUCGGCCGGUUUAUAAUAACUCGAUCCAGUUCCUCCACUGCAGCCUCCGUGUGUGCGUCUCGGACCCCAAAAAAAGAGAGGAACCGACAGAGGAAGUAAAGACUGACUGUCAGGACCGGCUGCGUAUCCCUCCGCUGGUUUCUAGGUCUUCCAGACACCAGUGUGAGGUCAGAAACAUCUACAGGCCCAUGGUGGUCACCCAUCCCAUUAGGUCACUGGCGCCCACAACCGACCAAAGAACCAAGAGGCGGAGUCUCCCCCCAUUGGCCGGACCGGACCCGGAGCACAGCGUGCCGACAGGACCAGUGAUGGGGAUCGUCUUCGCUGCCUUUGCGAUGGGCGUCCUGUUGGGGGCGGGGCUGUCGGGCAUCCAUCACUACACAGGGGCGCGUCCAGCAUCACUUGGGGAGAACCAUGUACCUGACCGCUCUCGUAAAGGGCCAAACAUCUGGACUCCACCGUCUGACCAGUCGUCCAGCUCGGUGUAGGAGGUAAGAUCUGAUGACGACGGUCCCCCAUCGAAGUUUUUGGGGAGUACUACUGCAUCAUAUCAGCCUCAAGUGAUGUCACUCGAGUCGGCAUCAGUUUUGGGGAUUAAGACGACAAGUUUGAAAGGGAAAAGAAUAAUAGCACCACACAGUACACGAGCCGUACUACUAGCCUAACACACCUGGGUCUGUUGGUGAUCGAGUUGCAUUAUGGGAAAUGUAGGCGCCAGGUUAUAUGAUUUUCAUUUAAAUUCUGUUAUUUGCUUUUGCUGCCAGCUCUUCAGUUCAGAGAAAUCCUUUAGAGACGUCCUUUAAUAACACAAAGGAGUGGGCACACAGAUUCUUGGUAAUUAUUUUAUUAUUUACAUCCCAAUGAUGAGAAUGAAAUACCAGCAACACGUUGCAUCGCAUUACAUAAACAAGUGUAAAGCUACGAUGUGUUCGAAUGAGCCACAUUCUUACAAGCUUGUAUUUCAAAUAAACUGUCGUGGUUAGAAGCGCCGGAAGUACCCGAAAAUGUAUCAGCAACACCUGCAGACUUCAACUCCGAUGUGCCAGAUGGGUCUGAACGCUAUUUUUCUUCAUUCUUUUAUCUCUUUCAGGAUUUCCUGCAAAUCUGACAAAGGAGAACUGGGACAGAGGUUCUAACAGCUUACUGUGUGUGUUUGUGUGUGUGUGUGUAUGUGACUGAAACAGAAACCACGUCGCAACACCAUCACCUUUUCAGAGACGAGGUCAAAGGUCAACUGAGCGGCCGGUUUGAAGAGUCCGUGUUUCACUGAGUCAUUUUCACUGUUGUGCUGUCGCUGAAUCUGCUGCAUGACAACGGCAUUUAUUUGUCCUGUAUAUUCUGUUCCCGUGUACGUGGCUAACGAGACGUAAUAAACGAGCCGAGAUCCAUGUC